UUCACCUGAUGACAAAAGUAUAUCCGUCUUUCUCUCAACUAUCAAAAAACUCAUCAUCCUUCAAUCAUGUAAGUUGCAGACCUGAAACUUUUACCAUAUGGAUGAAGUCACUCGUCUUGAAUGGCAAUGGUUGCACUGUUUACAAUUCCAAGGGACAGAUUGCGUAUCGUGUCGACAACUAUGACCACAAAUGUGGAGGCGAAGUCUAUCUCAUGAAUCUUGAUGGCAAGAUACUGUUUAAGAUAGUCAAGAAGAAACAUAGAAUUUGUGGGAGAUGGGAAGGCUAUAAAUGCAACGAUGGCUUACAGGGAGAAAAUUCGAGGCCAUGGUUCAAGGUCAAAAAGCCUUGUUAUAUUUUGCGAGGUUUCCAACCAUUAUAUUGUGAAGUAUCAGUUGAUGCUGACCACAGCAUAUGUUGUAAGAUAAAUAAGACGUCAAAUUCAUCGUAUAAGAUAGUUGGUAUCUCAGGCGAGCUUCUUGCCGAGGUAAAGAGAAAGCACACAAAAUCAGGGAUUGAUUUGGGUGAUGAUGUCCUGACUCUGGUGGUAGAGCCUAAUAUAGAUCAGUCUCUUAUCAUGGGAAUGGUGGUUGUGUAUGCUCUCGUGAAGUUUAAUAUGUAAGCAUGCGUGCCUAGAUUUGAAGCUCAAAUAUCGGCUAGAUAUUUGUUUGUUCAAAGAGAGAGUCUUGCUUUAAUUGCGUUGAGAGAGUCUCCUGCAAUUGUUCAGUUCCCCUUUAAGUAUUUUCUUGGAUAGCCAAGAUUUUCUUAGGGGUCUGCUAAUAGAACGUGUUGUCUUUUGUGUCUUUCAGUUAUUAUAAUUUUGUUGUUUGUGUGUCAAUUCAAUUAGUCGUUUAUCUUUCAUGAAAAGAGCGAGCCGUUCUUGUC